GUAAUAUAAGCCCGAAGACAAGCCCGUUUAUGCGCCCUCCUCCGGCAUGGUGCUGCUAUAAAUUCAAGGCUAAACAGAUCGCCGACGAAGGGACCGUAGCUUUCGCUCGACGCCGAUGAGAUAGAAAAGGCAGGAGGGGAAGAUAACGGCGUUAAAUCAGUGGGUGUAUUAUGAUGCUCGGAGGUGGUGGUGGUGAUGACCCCUUCGGCUGCCGGAUGGCGAUGCUGGCGGUCGGAUUCCAGCCUAAUCCGCCGGCGGCGGAGAUGCUCAGCACGAGCGGCGGAGGGGAGAGAAGGAUGAGUUAUCCGGCGAGGGGGAAGGAGGAUAGGGUUCUGCAAUGGAGUCAGCAGGAGACGCGGGAUUUGAUCGCCGUCAGGGCGAAGCUGGAGCAGGGCUUCCCAGCGGCGCGAGGAAACAAGACGCUGUGGGAGGCGGUGGCCGCCGCGAUGAGGGAGCGAGGGUACUUUAGAACGCCGGAUCAGUGCAAGUGCAAGUGGAAGAACCUCACCAAUCGCUACAAGACAGCCAAUCCCGAGGCCCGUCAUCAGCAAUGCCCUUUCUACGACGAGCUACAUGCCGUGUUCGCGGAGCAGGCCAAGAACACGCGGCGGCUCCUCGACGAGUCUGAGUCCGGCGCCUCCCAAUCAAACAAGAGACUCAAGAAGGUGACAGGAGAGCGAUUCGUCGACGAAUUAUCCGGCGAGGGCGAAAACGAAAACAGCAGCGACGGCGAACGCCUUCCGAAGAGGGAAAGGAAGAAGUCCGGAAGCAGAGCGGCAGCCCGGAAGUCGAUGGAUAAAGCCGGAGCGGCCGGCCUCGAGGAGGUCCUUCGGGAGCUGCUGCAGCAGCAGCGUCGGAUGGAUGCGGAGUGGCUGGCGGCGGCCAAGCGGCGGGCGGAGGAGAGGCGGGCGAUGGAGCAGGAGUUGCGGGAGGCGAUAGGGAGGCUAGAGAGGGAGCGGGUGAUGCUGGAGACGGCGCAGCGGGAGCGGGAGGAGCAGAGAAGGGCGAGGGAGGAGAGUCGGGCGGAGAAGCGGGAGGCAUUGCUCGCUUCUCUGCUCGAUAAGCUCGUCAAGGACGACGAUUGAUCGGCAAAAAGUUGACCAAUUCUUAAAAAUACGACAAAAAUUAUCUUUAAAUUUCGUAAGUAAUCUUUACAACUUUUUAUGGGCAGAAAAUUAUGUAUAAUUCUAGCAAAACGUGAUUACGGAUCUAGAUACGAUCAAGGUAUUACGGUGGCACAGGACUACGAUGACAAAAGAAGAUUACGGUGGCACAGGAUUACGAUGACAAAAGAAGAAUACGUUUGUCCCUAACGUGUUCGUUAACUUCUUUCGGGACCAAUGCAGAGGAGUAAAUCAUGAAUAAGAGCAUCUCCAAUGUAGCUUUUUUAACAGGUUUGUAAAGUUGAAAAAACUUAAUAAAAAAGCUCUAAUGAGUGGAGACAUAAGCUUUGAGGUUUUUAUUUUAA